CUUUGUUUUUGUUAAAACAGUUUUAAAUCACUCUUUCGAGACCCUUGUGUAUCCCACCCACCUUCCAACACCGGUGGUCCGAGUUUUAACAGCCAUCAGUAACAGCGGGUAACUAUUUUUACGCGUUGCCACUACGUUCCGAUACAAAAGGAAAAAAAUAACAACCUUUAUCCAGACUAGCGAACCUUUGUCCGUUCCGGCCAAUUCACGCGUUUGACACAUUGACAAACAUAUUUGCUAAAAACCAUCGCCUCUUGUCACUGCAAUUAACGCCUCCGCCACCUAACUAUGGCUGAACAAGAAGCAGAUAUUGAAUCCAUCAUCGACAGGCUUCUCGACGUGAGAGGCUCCCGACCAGGUAAGCAGGUCCAACUACACGAAUUUGAGAUCAGAUACCUUUGUACGAAAGCCAGAGAAAUUUUCAUCAGACAACCUAUUUUGCUUGAACUUGAGGCCCCAAUCAAAAUCUGCGGUGAUAUUCAUGGGCAGUAUUACGACCUUCUGAGGCUGUUUGAAUACGGUGCCUUCCCGCCAGAGGCAAACUACUUAUUCCUGGGAGAUUACGUUGAUAGAGGAAAGCAAUCAUUAGAAACAAUCUGUUUAUUAUUAGCAUACAAGAUCAAAUACCCAGAGAAUUUCUUUAUUCUUAGAGGGAACCACGAAUGUGCAUCCAUCAACAGAAUCUACGGCUUCUACGAUGAGUGUAAGAGACGCUAUAAUAUCAAACUUUGGAAAACCUUCACAGAUUGUUUCAAUUGUUUGCCUAUUGCGGCUAUCAUCGAUGAAAAGAUCUUCACGAUGCAUGGGGGACUAUCACCAGAUUUGAACACCAUGGAGCAAAUUAGAAGAGUCAUGAGACCUACUGACAUCCCAGAUGUGGGGCUACUGUGCGACCUGCUCUGGUCUGACCCAGACAAAGAUAUAACUGGAUGGAGUGAGAACGAUCGAGGUGUCUCAUUCACCUUUGGACCAGACGUGGUUUCGAGGUUUUUACAAAAACAUGAUAUGGAUCUCAUCUGUAGAGCGCAUCAAGUGGUGGAAGACGGAUACGAAUUCUUCAGCAAAAGGCAGCUGGUCACCAUAUUUUCUGCUCCAAACUAUUGCGGAGAGUUCGAUAACGCUGGUGCCAUGAUGAGCGUUGACGAGAGUUUAUUGUGCUCGUUCCAGAUUCUCAAACCUGCAGAAAAGAAGAAAUACGGAUACGGAACACAGCCUCCGCCAGGGGUCCAGUCUCCGAAAAACAAGAAGAAGCCUACUAAAUGAUUAUCAGAAGCUUGAUGCUUACUAUGUCGCAAUCCACAUGUUCAUCGUUCAGGAAUGAGCAAGCCACUGUCAUGUGUCCCAUCGAAGCCCACUUAUACUUUUUAUUACCUAUUUGUGAUUUAGUUUGUCAAUGAAAUAUUGUUAAUCAGUUGGGUAAUCAACUAAACGGGCACUAUAUACUUAGGUAGCAAUAUCUUUAGGACCUAAUUUCGAACAAGGUCACGUGAGAAAGCACAGGGUAAGCAUCUCUGCUAUUCCCUC